UUUAUUACAAGUUUUCUUUGCUAAUUUUAAAAUUUUUUGUAAAAGAUUUUUUCCAUUUGAUUUUUUCGGGAAAAAAUUAUGAAAUUUUUCCCAUUAUUAUUAUCCAUCAUUGUCGCUUCAUCAGCAUUUGCUGUGGUUGCUAGCAAUAAUGAUGAUGGAAAUGAUUUAAUGACAACAAUCGAUUAUCGUGAAUAUAUUCAUUGUCCAGAAAAUCCAGAUUCUUCACGUUAUAUACGUAAUCCAUAUGAUUGUAGAAGUUUUUAUCGUUGUUAUAAAGAAGGUUUUGUACGAUUAGCUAUCUGGAAUUGUCCAGAUGGUGAAUAUUUUGAUGAUGAUUUGGUUGUACAUACCUGUAUACGUAUUGAUGAUUAUUUGGCUAAAUAUGGUCAAUGUAAAACUAUACCAUUGCCAACGAUUAAACCACCCACUGAAAAACCAACAACACGCCCAAGUACAAAGCAAACUACCCGUCCAACAACACGCUCAACUACUGAGAAAACUACCCGUCCAACAACACGCCCAACUACCGAGAAAACUACCCGUCCAACAACACGCCCAACUACCGAGAAAACUACCCGUCCAACAACACGCCCAACUACCGAGAAAACUACCCGUCCAACAACACGCUCAACUACUGAGAAACCGACCCGCCCAUCAACACGCUCAACUACCGAGAAACCGACCCGUCCAUCAACACGCUCAACUACUGAGAAACCGACCCGCCCAUCAACACGCCCAACUACCGAGAAACCGACCCGUCCAUCAACACGCCCAACAAUGCCUCCAACUACAAAACGACCACAUCAUAAUGACUAUGAUAUAUGGCGCAAAAUUUUCGAUGAUAUAAUUCAUAACAUUUUCAAUCAUCAUCAUAAUUAUGACCAUGAUAAUCAUGACCACCACCAAGAUGACCAUCAUCACAAAGAUCAUGAUAAAGAUCACGAUAAACAUCAUGAUGAUCAUCAUCACAAAGAUGACAAACAUCAUCAUCAUCAUGAAGAAUUUCCAUUGGAACUUAUUAGUGAUGAAGAAAAAGAAUCUUUAUUGCGAUAUCCAUUUGAAAAUGUUUUGCGUAUGAUUAUCGAACAUAGACAAAUCGAAUCCACCAUCGAUGAAAAACAAAUUGACUAUCGUAAAUUAAUUCAAUGUCCAUCAAAUCCUGAUGGUCAACGUCAUCGUAAUCCAUUUGAUUGUAAUCGAUUUUAUCUUUGUUAUAAACAAAAUGAUCAAACACAAUUAGCAUUAUAUAAUUGUCCUGAUGGUGCAUAUUUUGAUGAUACAGUAACCGUACAGACUUGUAUUUUACGUAGUGAUUUUGAAAAGAAAUAUGGCCAAUGUAAAACACGUCCAUUACCACAUGACGAUGAUGAUGAUGAUGAUAAGAAUUUGGUCAGAAUUUUUGAAAAAAUUCUUAAAAAAAUUGAAGAUUUUCUCGAACGUAAACAUCGUGAAUAUGAAGAUUAUGAAAAACAACAUCGAAAUCAUCAUUGAAAAUUAUCAUUAUUUUUGAAUAGCGCAUGCGUAUUAAUACUUUUUGAAGUAAAAAAAUAAUAAAAUU